AGACCAGAUUCUCUCUACAGAGACCUCUACUGCACAGAGAACCACACAUGGCUCCUACAAUCACUUCAGCAAUGACUUCUUCCCAGGACCACCUAACCGUGACCCACAAGAUCAGAAAACCACUGGUGGAAAAGCUACGCAGAGAGCGAAUCAACAGCAGCAUUGAGCAGCUCAAGUCUCUGCUGGGUCCAGAGUUCCUCAAACAAGAACCUGACUCCAAGAUGGAGAAAGCAGACAUUCUGAUGACAGUUGACUUCUUGAGACAACUGCAGCUCUCUCGCCAUGGAAACUCUGUCACAGGUUUAACAGCUGCCAACCAGGGUCACUCCAGGUGUGUCCAGGAGGUGGUCCACUUCCUGUCUAAGGAUGAGGUGAAGACACUGUCCAACAGAAGAAUGUUGGAUCACUUCCAGAACCUUCGGACCUCCUCUGAUACAAGGCUGACUGAGAGAGGUUCAAUUCAGCUGAGCUCUCCACUCAAGAACAAUAUCACCAAAGAGAAGAGUUCAGUUAACAGUGCCGUCUGGAGGCCCUGGUAGAAACCUACACACUGGAGGUACCAGACAACAUUGACCAUGUUGUUCACAACAUGAAAAUGUACAAUAUUAACUAUUUUGUAAUUGUUUGAUGUUCGAACAUCACUUUAUUCUUCGAAAAUAAGAAGACCUCCACAUAUGUUUCUGCUACAUGUUGUAAUGUACUGUUUCAACUGUCUGUUAUUACAGACUCAUACAUGAGAUUUUGCUGCUUUAAGGUUUGACUUUCAAACUUAAUGGCAAUUCUUUCAUAACAUAUUGAGCCUCUUU